AUGACUACUGAAGAGAUGACGCUCGCAGAGAUGAAAGCGGCCUACGAGAAGGCCCAAGCAGAGCUGGCCCAAGAAAGGGCCUCCAUUGAAAACCUCCAGAAGGAGCUCGAAUCUGUGAAGAGCACCAAGUAUCAAUCGCGUUACAAGCCAGGUGCAAAACCGAAGAAGUUGAUAUUCGAGAUGACUGACGACUCCGAGGACCUGUCCGACGACGAGGAGCCACAUGGGGAAGAGGAUGAAGCAACACUGGACCCCGUCACCAAGCGCCUAAAUAAGAUGGAAACUCACAUGAAGAAGCGAUGCUCGUUGAUGAUGAAGCUGAUGACCAAACUGCCAGGGGCACCCACGCCCGUGGAAACCGAACCGACCGACGGGUAUGCAGCAUCGCCGUUCUGUGAAGCGAUCGCUAGGGUGACGGUACCACACCAGCUCCGACUCCCUACCUGGACCACCUUGUAUGACGGAACGUCUGAUCCAUAUAGACACGUCAACUUCUACAAGCAGCGAAUGUGGCAGAUCGGCAUCCCCUACGACCUGGUCGAGCCCGUCAUGUGCAAAUCCUUCGGAGGAACCCUCGACGGAGCCGCCUUGGAAUGGCUCAUGAACAUAACACCUGGAUCCAUCUUCUGCCUGUCCAACCUCAUCAACGCCUUUUACCAACAAUUCGCCAGCAGUCGCCAGUUGGAGAAACAGACAAGUGACCUCUAUCGGUUGGUCCAAGGACCUACCGAGUCGGUACGCGAUUAUUUUAACCGUUUUAAUUGUGAGAAAAUUAGUAUAAAAAACUGUGAUGUCAGGACAGCCAUCGAAGCAUUCAAGAGAGGCCUCGUCCCCAACUCGGAGCUGUACCGGGAACUAACCAAAUAUCCCUGUGCAACCUUCGAAGAGGUCAGAUCGAGGGCCACUGCCCAGAUGCGAAUUGAAGACGACGAGAUUACACGAAUGGUUUCUCAGCGACCAGCAGGGGGCAGCAGCGACAGGAGGUCGUACACCCCAAGGAAUAGCAGCUGGAGACACCAACCAUACAACCGCCAGAACCAGGUACAAAAUGUCAAUCAAUAUGAUGAUACUAACAAUGUUUACAGGAACGAACGGGUCGUUUAUCCCCCCAUCUCCGAGUAUGGCUUCAACGUCGACAUCGGAGGCGUGGUGAACGCCCUUCAAAGUGUAGGUGGUACCGUCAGAUGGCCUAAGAAGAGCGACAGACCAGACUCUACGAAGGACAUGAGCAGGUGGUGCGACUUCCACCGCGACAAUGGCCACACAACCGAGGAAUGCAUCUCCCUCAAAAAGGAGGUAGCGUAUCUACUGAAAAGAGGCCACCUGAAGGACCUACUGAGCGACAAAGGAAAGGAGACGUACAACAAGGAUAGCAACUCCCAACCCAACCCAGCACCAAGCGGCGACCGACCGGCCCCGCCCACAGGCGAAUCUGAAGCCGUCAAAGAGGGGCAAACCGAAGACGAAGUAGCACUCGACAAGUCAUUAGCAGCGAUGAUAAUAACCUUCGACGACUCAGAUUCAACCGACACACAACAGGAACAUCAUGACGGGCUAGUCAUAUCGCUCCCAAUAGGCAACGCUCUCAUCAAAAGGAUAUUGAUCGACAACGGCAGUUCAGCAAACGUAUUGUUCCUAGAGGCUCUGCAAGAAAUGGGACUAGACGAAAAGAGUAUAAUCAGAAGGUCGACCGUCCUAGUAGGAUUCAGUGGAGAAUCGCUACGAACAGUAGGAGAGAAAUCGCUGCCUACGUACGCAGAAGGUCACUACUACAAAAAUUGGAAUAAAGAACGCAUAAUGGAUAACAGUCAAGUCUAUACUCCGAGGAAUGCGCCUUAUAGUAAUGAGGAAAUCGAUGUGUAUUUUAACAAAGCUCCCACUUAUUCUCAAACUACUAUUGAUGCAGUAAGGGAGAGGUGGAUCUCAUACGUUACCGAAUAUCACCAACCAAAAAACGAUGAAAAUGAAGAUGAUGAUGACGAUGAUCUAGUGUGA